GUGGUCACUGACUACAACGGACAGACCGAGUCAGUAGAAGUGGCUGACUAUCGUCGUACUGUCUAAGACAAAUGGUGACCAGUCGAAUUUGUCUGACCAGGUCUAUGGAAUUCGUCGUUUCGUCCCGUAUCGUCUUUCUUCCCUUCGUUCUUCCUUGAGAUACUUUGACACAACCCUAUCUCGGUUUUUUCCAAUUUUCGUCCGUGGAGGAUUAUUGAGAAUAAUCGUGGUUCGAGCAAAAAAAGUGUGUCGAAAGUGCUGCUCGCGUUCGCCGAUUCUGAACAUUCGUCCUUGAACAUCGUUCAGCAUCUGCUCGGUUCGGUUUACUGGAGAUCGGCCAGCAACGUGGAGCACGUGGAGGCAAAAUGCACAGAUCCGUGAUAGGGCGGACACGAUCCGCGAUAAUCGGGCUCUUGCUGCUACUGGCGACCUGGCGAAACAACGAUAGCUGCGACGGCCUGCAAUAUCAGCCGGUCGAGGUUUAUGCAAACGGCGAUGACUGCGCGUUGAUCCUCAGCGGGCCAGGGAGGACCAGCGUCUUCGAUUACACCUACAAUUUGCUACGUGGUUCCUUCCCAGCGACAGCCGGAUCGCAGACAUGCAUCACCUACGACGCUGUGAAUCGCGCCUACAUCGAAGCCAGAAAACGCAUCAAUGUGGCGCAACCCAAGAGCAAAAUGUGGCGACCGGAGGAUCUGGCUACGGUCGGCGAACUUCUGCUGGAUAUCAGUUCCAACCUUGCUCAAACAUAUGGACUAACCUUCGAGGAGAUUGAGAAGAGUUUACCUCUAAUCGACACUUCGAAGACUUUGAUCCGCGACGUGUGCCCAGCUUUCCUAAGCAACGUGGAGUGUCGAGCUGGGAAAUAUCGAAGAAACGACGGUCUGUGUACGAAUUUACAGAAUCCAACAUGGGGCUCCACUUUAUCCCCUUUCCAAAGAUUGAUGAGUCCACGAUUUGCGGACGGCUUAACAGCACCUAGAAUAUCGGAAACAGGUCAUGAUUUACCAUUAUCACGAGUGGUGUCACGCACCAUGCAUCCUGAUGAGGGUUAUCACGAUCACGCUGGCACAGUCAUGGUCAUCGCCUGGGGACAGUUUAUGGACCACGACUAUACGCUGACUGGCACCCCUCUAGAUCCCCUGAACCGAAACGACCCGGAGGAAUGUUGCCAUCGUCCACAACACCUGAAGAAUCCGUACUGCAACGAGAUCCAUAUACCGGAAGACGAUUAUUUCUACAGGCUGUUCGGCGUGAAAUGCAUGGACUUCGUUCGCGCCUUUCCAGCCGUUCGACCUGGUUGCAGACUUGGCUCCCGUGUGCCUUUUAAUCUUCUGACAGGUGUGCUUGACGGGAACACCGUCUAUGGUAUCUCGGAAUCAUUCGCCAGGAAGCUUCGCGCUGGUUAUGGAGGAUUGUUACGCAUGAACCCAGUGUUCUCAGAGUAUGGUUUGAAGGAUUUACUGCCACUCAAGCUGGACAUCCCCGACGAGGGCUGCACUCGACCGAAUCGAUCGAUGUACUGUUUCGAAGCGGGUGAGAUAAGAGUGAACGAACAACUUGUGUUAACCUGCAUGCACACCUUGAUGGCACGAGAACACAAUCGAAUAGCGAAGACCUUGAUUCAAAUUAACCCUCAUUGGGACGAUGAGACACUGUACCAAGAGGCAAGACGAAUCGUCAUUGCUCUGAUUCAACACAUCACCUACAACGAAUUUCUGCCAAUUCUACUUGGUAAAGAUGUCAUGGAGAAAUUUGGCCUUCUUCUUGAGAAAAAUGCAUACUGGGAUGGUUACGACGAAAGCGUGAACCCAGCAGUGAUCGAUGCUUUCGCUGCUGCAGCCUUCAGAUUCGGCCACUCGUUAUUACCAACGGCAGUGGAAAGAUGGAGCAAAGCUCACAAAUUCAUCGCCUCGAAGAGACUGUCAGACUUAAUUAGAAGACCGUUUGACCUGUACCGCGCUGGAGUUUUCGACGAGUACGUCAUGGGAUUGAUGAACCAAGUUGCUCAAGCUAUGGACGACUCUAUCACGCAAGAAGUGACGAAUCACUUAUUCAAAAAAGUUGGAGCUAAAUUUGGACUGGAUUUGGUCUCGUUUAACAUGCAACGAGGUCGUGAAUUUGGUAUUCCAAGUUACAUGGAAUUCAGAAAAUUCUGCGGACUUCCAUGGGCGGACACCUUCGACGAACUACACGGUUCCAUGCCAAACGAGACCAUCAAACGCUACAGCUCGAUCUUCGAUCGCCCAGCUGACGUGGAUCUGUGGUCCGGUGGUGUGUCCGAGAGGCCACUUCCGGGUAGCAUGCUCGGUCCAACCUUCGCCUGUAUAAUCGCCACGCAAUUCAGCUAUUCCCGUCGUGGUGACCGAUUUUGGUACGAGUUGCCGAAUCAGCCAUCGUCCUUCACUCUCGAUCAACUAAACGAAAUUCGCAAAGUGCAGCUCGCUAGAGUGAUCUGCGACAAUACGGACCUGAUCGACACCAUACAGAUAUAUCCCAUGGUGUUGCCCGAUCAUGAAAUAAACCCACGAGUACCAUGUCGAAGCGGCGUGCUACCAAGCAUGGACCUGAGCAAAUGGGCGGAAUUCCCGACCGCGAAUCAAGCGCAAUACAAGUAAAAUUUAGAGAACCUACCGCCUAGACGAAAGACCACCACCAUGUAGUGAACAAGUCACGAGCCAAGAAGCACGACACUUAGCCAACCCCUUUCACCCUGAGACACACGAUUACGGUACUGUAGCAUAGCGAAACUAUCGACAUGCUAGUCUGCAUGUUGCAUUUCGAAUCAGCUUAGGGAUCACAGAGGUAGACGAACAGUUCUAGCAUCCGAAUAGAACCCGCCCCCUCCCUUCUCUAGCGACCUUAAUUAAUUAGUAUACUCGAUAAAGACACUUAAUUUAUUGCCAGGCUAGAAUUAUAAUUUAUAUUCAAUAUAAAUUAUGAUUUUUUCCGUUGUAGUUUCUUUGUUUUCUUUUUAUACAUGUUUUAUACGUAAACGGAUGUGUAAAGAUAAUAUAAUUAAUUUUAAGGAAUUCCAUGACGUUUAACGAUUUAGAAGUCGAUGACUUUCUAUCUAUAUACAGUGAUGGAGGAAAAUAUCGCUAUAGACCGGAGUUUCUUGUAAAAUCUUGUGCGAGUCUGUAAAAUCUAUCGCUGAUUCCUUGUUCAAUCUUUUUGUGAGACGCGACCAUCGGAGCUGAAAUUCAAAUCUAUCGUAAUUGGUUAUCGUUAAGCAACUGUAGAAGUAUGUAAGGAGAAACGAACUAAUUUUACCGGAAUGUAAAAUUUUGAUCGAUUAAAAUUAAGUCGAUUCUGUAAAUGUUCUGGAAAAUAUACACGGGCAGAAGAGGAAUUUUGCAACGUUGAAACAGAAAUUUUGGUUGCUUGUAGCGGUUAUUCGAAGUAAAGAUUCCACGUAACUGUUUCAAGAAACGAAAUCGAUGUAGCAAACGCUCCCAAUUCUCGCCUGUUAUGCCUUACAAAAACAUUUGAAUAAAGAAUUGUGUAUUUUAGAAAUUCACCUAGAAUUUUAUGAGAUACGCUUGUCUGUGCUAAUACUUUUGUUCAUCGCUAUAUCUAUACAUACGUUACGAUCCAAUUGCAAUUUUGUAACGUACCUUUAUAAUAACAGAUUUACGAAAAAGCGUAGUGCGACAGGAUCAUCGAAUUUUCGCAUAUUGCUUGCGUAUUAUAAUCGAGUCGAACGAGGGAAGGAGAUUCAAGUGAUCGAAGUUGCAAAUAAUACGAAUUCGUUGCGUAAUGGCGGUAAGCGACAGGGGCGCGUUCACGUAGGAACAACUUCCACGCCGACUGCUUUUAAUAAUCACUCUCGAAGUACGUUAGAAACUGAUACAAUAGAGAGAAUUUAGCUGUGCCUGUGUCGCGUUGUGUCACAGUCGAAACCAGUUGCAAAUGAUUGCACGAUUCAUAUGGAUUAACAAAGGUUGCGAAACGGACGACUCCCUUUCAUUCAACUUCACUUCGUUUGUCGUUAGUUGCCUAAUAGAGAAGUAAAUAUACGCGAACUCGUCUUCAUAUUAAGAGAAUUAUUACGAUGGUAGGCCAUCGCGCGUUUUAUUUCUCAAUACCUGUCGAAUACUCCAAUUUUAUUUUCGCGAUGGGUAACCAUUUUCUACGAAUUUUAUUUUCCCAUUGAUUUGGAACAAUUUCAAAUGUCAGAAUAUCAGAACACGUUACUUGAUAUACGGUUGUCAGAAUCGUGAUUACAGUUUUUUAACUCUUCAAUUCUCGUUACGUACGUAUCUUACGUUUCGGAUAUUCUAAAUUUUUUUCGUAACCGAAGAGUAAUCGUUUAAUAGAAUCCACGAAAUUUUCAAUCUUAUCGUUUUGCACUAUUAAGGAUGAAAAUGAACAAAAAUUCAAGCUAUGAGAAUUGAGAGGUUUUAAGUCUUUCGAUGAAAUUAUUCGGAUCAAGUAUCUACGAUGAAUCGUCUCUGUAUCAUGAGUGGAAAAUUGUAGCUCUACUAUCGUCACACAUCUCCCAGAUCUCUCUAGAACGACUUUUAGUACCAUCAAAGUUUCCAUUUCCCUUUCUUACUUAGCUAUCUUUACAUCGAAUCCUUAAUUUAUUCUUCGUACGUAAUAAGUGCGGAUUUCUCCACCCUUCAAUUUCUCACAAAUGCAUAAAAAUCCGCAGUCCAGUAAUAACUCCUACACAAUGUACAUAAUAGCACGUAGCAAAAGCGCAUUCCCUCCAUGAAAUCGCACCAACACGGGUAGCACAUUUUUACUAGUGUCCAUUCUCUAGUCUUUCUCUCUAUCAUGAUAAAUACAAUUUUUCCCCUGAAAUAAAGAAAAAAAGGAAAAGAAAAGGAAGAAGAAAAAGAUCAUAAAGCAAUCCAUUUUUGUCUCCAAUUUUCAAUAGAAUUUCUAACAAAAUUGGCGAAUUUGGUUUUGUUCCUUUAUACAAAAUAGGAAGAAAGAAAAAAAAACGCGAAAUAUCAUAACCAUCCAUCUGUAUUCGAUAUUUUGAUAAAAUUGGAGAUUUUUAUUUCCUUGUAUAAAAGAAACAAAAAUAGUAAAGGAGUGAGAAAAAUCAUAAAGACUUCGUCCCUAUUUGUAAUUUUUAUAAAUAACAUUUUUAAUGGAAUCGCGACAUGAAAACACGAGUUUUGAGUUUGUAAACGCGGAGAGGAUCUUGACAGGUUUCCCACAAUAUUCUACGAAGGAUUAUACGAUGCACGAGCACCUACAAAUGUAAACCUAUUGUACUAUAGCGAUUGGUGGAGGAGCACUUGCUUGAUGUACCAAGAGAGCCAACGAGACCGGAAAAGGUGCGGAACCAAUACGACAGACAGCAGGUUUUGCGACUCUUCUUUGAGAGCAUUAAUGGCAUUGCUUCGUAUC